AUGAGUCCUGAUGGUUCGGUUAAAAAAUGCAAGGCAAGAUUGGUGGCAAAAGGGUAUUCUCAACAACCUGGAGUCGACUAUCAUGAGACAUUUGCACCGGUUGCGAGACACGAAACGAUAAGGAUGUUGAUUGCAUUAGCCGCUCACAAAGGAUGGAAGCUUUACCAACUUGAUGUGAAAUCUGCAUUCUUGAAUGGAGUAUUGAAAGAAGAGGUGUAUGUGCAAGCACCUCGUGCUUGGUAUGGAAAUAUCGAUGAGUAUUUCUCUAAAGGAGGAUUUUUUAGGAGUCCUAGCGAGCCGACACUCUACAUCAAGCAUGGUGAAUCCGGUAUGCUCAUAGUCUCUCUUUAUGUUGAUGACUUGAUUUUUACUGGAAAUGAUGAAAACAUGAUUAAUGAAUUCAAAACUGAUAUGAUGAAGAAAUAUGAGAUGAAUGAUUUAGGUUUGUUACAUUAUUUCUUGGGUAUUGAGAUUGAUCAAAAUGAUGGAGGUGUAUUUAUUUGUCAAAAUAAGUAUGCCCAAAGCAUUCAUUCAAAAUUUAAAAUGGAGAAUUGUAAUCCCGUGAUGACUCCAUUGAUAGUAAAUGAGAAGUUGGUGAAAGAUGAUGGUAGUGGUGAUGCUGAUGCGGUACAAUAUAGAAGUCUGGUUGGGAGUUUGUUGUACCUUACGAUUACAAGACCCGAUAUCAUGUAUGCUACGGGUUUAUUAUCUCGGUUUAUGCACCGACCAAGCAAAAUUCAUCUUGGAGUUGCAAAGAGAGUGUUGCGAUACAUUAAAGGGACUAUGGAGUAUGGUCUCAUGUUUGAAAAAAAUGAUAGUGAAGAUAUUGAGUUGUUUGGGUUCUGUGAUAGCGAUUGGGCUGGAAGCAUGGAUGACAUGAAGAGUACAUCCGGGUAUUGUUAUUCACUAGGUUCAGGUAUUUUUUCAUGGGCCUCGAAAAAGCAAGAGAGAGUUGCACAUUCCUCCGCCGAAGCGGAAUACGUAUCGGCAAACGAAGCAACCAAACAAGUGGUUUGGCUAAGGAAGAUUUUAGAAGACAUGGGGGAGAAACAAGAUAUGGCUACAGUUCUCUUUUGCGAUAGCAAAUCGGCAAUUGCUAUGUCGAAAAAUGCGGUAUUUCAUAGUCGAACAAAACACAUCAACCUUAAACAUCACUACAUUCGUGAAGCAGUGGAUGAUGAAGAAGUAAUGAUCAAGCACGUAAAGACUGAAGAUCAACUUGCAGAUAUCUUCACUAAAGCACUUCCUUUAAACAAAUUCGUCUACUUACGAGAUUUGUUAGGCAUGACCAACAAAAACAUUAAGGGGGAGUGUUGA